ACGUUCUCGGCUUGUCCUCUCAAUACACUGUUCCCUUGGCAGGAAGAGACCAUGGUGUUUGCUCCAGGGGAUAAAUCUGGAAAUGACCAAGAAGAAGCAAAGCUGCAGAAUGCCAGCAAACAGAUCGUCCACACUGCCAUUCAGCAAGCUGUCCAACAGCUCUCCCAGGAGGGCCAGCGGAAGGAGAAAGGCACCAAAAGCAGUGUGAGCCUGCAGCUUGAGAGAGGACAGUUAACCAAGAAGCAUGAAAAGAAGUAAAGGUCCCCCCCACAACGUCCCAUGGGAUCCUCCAGUCUGCAGCACGUCCGCCUUCUUGUGAUCGGCUGCGUCACCAGUGCAGCCCUACCACAGAAAAGCCAGCCAAAGUAUAAUCAGCAGCACACAGCGAUAGAUGUAUAAGUUACCAUAGUUCUCAGCUGAGCAAUAGGGUUUUAAGUGCAUUAGGUAAUCUGACUUGAUAUUUAUGCAGUGCCUCUUAACAAAAUAAUGCUGUUGUGGCAACUGAAGUAGUGUCAAGCACGAAUCCUUCCUAGGGUACAGGUCUAUAUUCAAGAUGUCAAUGUACUUCUGUGUGUGUCAUCAAUGUCUAGUUGACUAGCAGAUGUCUCUUUUAGGUUUCAGUUCCCCAGGAGUCUAUUAUGUUGACUCCGCAGCAGGGUAUGUUAUUAGAAAUGUAUUUUUAGAUUCAUUGAAGCACAAACUUGUACAGAGUUUGGAGGGAAUACCAAAUGGCCACAUAAAAAUGGGCCUGGAAGUAUCUGUGAUUGAGCCUGUCAUAAACAUGCUGGCCACAAUCUAAUGCAGAGUGAGGCAGGCCUCAAUGUACUGAUUUCCGCUCUUACUCUUUUAAACUUUAUUUUUUA